CUAACUUGCAAGUUGUAAAUCCAUUUUCAACACAAAUAAAAACAUGGCUCUCCAUCUAACCAUCAUUUUCGCCGCCGCCGCCCACCUCCUCUCUCCACUCGCAUCCUCAACCCCCCUCACCGUCACCGGCAGUGAAGCACUCUCACCCUACGAAAUCCUCCAAGGCUACAACUUCCCCGUCGGUCUUCUCCCCCGAGGCGUCUUAAAGUACGAUCUAGACGAGUCCACGGGCCGCUUCCAUGCCUACUUAAACGGUUCAUGUAGCUUCGGACUUGAAGGAUCUUAUCAACUCAAAUACAAAUCGACGAUCAGCGGGAUCAUCUCCGACAACAAGCUCAAAAACCUGAGCGGAAUAAGCGUCAAAGUCCUGUUUCUGUGGCUGAACAUUGUGGAGGUUGUUAGAGAUGGAGAUGAGAUGGAGUUUUCGGUGGGGAUUACAUCUGCUAGCUUCGCUAUUGAUAACUUUUACGAGUCCCCGCAGUGUGGGUGCGGCUUUGAUUGCGUCAAUGGUGAAGUAAGCAAGCUUCGAAUUAAGUCUUCUUUUUCAUCAAUUUAGAGGAAUACCUGCGGGUAAAAUAAUUAAAUUAUGGAAUCGGAUUGGGACGGUGGGCUGAUUUCAUCUUGGCUUUAAUUGAAUUGGGUUUUAGUUAUACAAACUAAAUUGAUUUUCACCUCUUUGAUUGAUUUAGAAUUUGAACUCUCUGUAUUUGCUUAUGUUUAUGUGGUUGGUAUCGGUUUCAUACUUUCAUUCCUUGGUUUAGUGA